UAAAAAACGUCAACCCGCAUCCGAAAGUAACACUCUGGAAAGAAAGCAAGCUCGAUGGAGGCCGACGGACGAGCCGCGGUCUUCGCGGCCAAGGACGCGCCCUUCGAGCAUGAUGGCUUCCGCCGCUCGGACGCGUCGUUGCAUGACCAUCCUCAUGUUGACAGCUACGUGCCUGCCAAGAUCUGUGGGCUAAAUGAGGCCACGGAGUUUGACAAGCCGUUCAGCGGACCGCCCGACCAAGCAAUGGCCGCGGUCGACGGUACGACCGUCGAGAGCAUUGAAGUGAACGCGAGCGUCGGUAUGAUGCGUGGCUUGACGCCGUCGCCGCCGCCGAUGGAUGGCCGGGUCGACCUGACGGCGUCUGGCGACGACGCGCGGCUAGCAACGCCCGACGAACGUCCGACGACAGAUGCCCACCACAUGUCCAUGCGCAGCGACGCCAAAGUCUCGCAGCCAUCGUCGAACCUUCUUGGUCGCAAAGUGCGCAAAUUCUUCGAAGGGUUCGGCUGGUACCAGGGCUCGGUCGUCCGCCAUUGGCACUCGGAAGAGUAUGGCGAUCAGUACCACGUCGCCUACUCGGACGGCGACGCUGAGGACCUGCCCCGCGACACUCUUUUGAAGUGGCUCCUCCCCGUCACGCCGCAGCUUAGCUCCAAGCAGACGGCGAGCAUGCAACAACAGCAGCAGCCGCCGCCGCAACAACAACAGCCGCAACAACAACAGCCGCAACAACAACAACAGAAGCAGCAGCAGCAUGAGCCGCCGCCGCGCGUGCCCACACCGCCGCAUGUCCACGACCGCCAGUCCCCGUCGCCGCACCAUGGGAUGCUGCAGCCACUGCCCACCCAGCCGCGCCCCCAGUACCGCCCCCGACAAGACGAGAUGAUCGACGACGGCCGGUCCAAGUUUGCCCGCCUCGACCAGCCACAGUACAGCCCACACCACCGGUCGCCGUCGCCGUACUCACUCCCGACGCCGCCGGGGGAUCGUCCGCAGCUCAAAAAGAUCCCGAGCCUCUCGGUGCUGCCGCUGCGGCCCAACGUCGAUGGCAAUGCGUGGCGUGCCGCUGCAAACGCGUCGGCCUACCAGCUCUCGGAGGGCGACGUGCCCGAGGACGACGCCGUGUACCGGCGCAACAGCGGUGGCCCGUCGUCGUCGUUCAUGGCGCCGCCGUCGCUGCCACCAGUCGCCCAGCGCACCUCAUUUCUGACGCCGCCUCCGUCGCGCCAAGGCUACGGGUACCCCGAGCCGGCGCGGUCGUACGUGCCGUCGUCGACACCGACGUACAUCAAGACCGAAGCCCCUCGCACCGUGAGCAGCGAAGCCCACGUCACCAAGCCGGUCCCGAUUGCGGCGCUCGCAACCGAUCGGUCGGCGAUCGGGCGACUCAACUACCAUUUUCUCAGAGCCAUCAAGGACACGACCGAGGAGUACAAGUUUGGCGAAGCGUUCACGUGUGUCCUGCGCGACGAGCCGGGUUACGCCAACGGUAUGGACAUCACGCGGCUCAUGCAGUUUUGCCACAUGCGGCGGUACCCGCGCAUUAGCCUCUUUCUCAACGACGUGAUGAAGAUGCGCAACACGGUGUCAUCGACGUACCCGCAGGAUUUUGCGUUUCGGCAGCAAGCGGGCGAGUACAUUGACGUGCUCACGCGCAAGGUGCAGGAGCUCUCGCCCGUGCUCCGGCAGAUCGAAGCCAUCAUCGUCUCGGACGAGGAAAAGGCCAUGGAGUCAUACCGCCCGCCCUUUGGCCAGCACACGUAGUAGCUCACUGUUGAUAAUGAUGUACGAUGAUGAUGCUUCCCAGACGAUGCAGGGCGAAGCAGUAUCAAGUGAAAAGGCUCAAGUUGACCCGCGGUUGCGAGGCCAGAG